AAUAGUUUUAGUCAUCUACCACUAUUGCACUAAGGCAUACCUCAAAAGCGCGCGGUGAAUCCGGUAACCAUGCUUCAACCAGCUAGAAUUAUUUUAUUGAAAGAGGGGACCGACACAUCACAAGGCGUGCCGCAGAUAGUAAGUAACAUAACUGCAUGCGAAGCAGUUGCCGAUGCUAUUCGUUCUACAUUGGGUCCCCGUGGUAUGGACAAACUCAUAAUCGAGGACAAGGGAAAAGCUACUAUAUCAAAUGACGGAGCUACAAUCCUUAAGCUUUUGGACGUCGUUCAUCCUGCAGCCCGUACCUUGGUCGACAUCGCACGCGCACAAGACGCCGAAGUUGGGGACGGAACAACAAGUGUCACACUUCUAGCAACUGAAUUCUUAAAACAGGCAAAACCUUUCCUAGAGGAAGGUGUUCAUCCAUCUGUUAUUGUUCGUGCAUAUCAUCUUGGCGAAAAAAUGGCAUUGGAAAGGUUAGAAAGCAUAGCGUGCCGUAUUAAGCGAGACGAUCCAAGUGAGCAGCGUGCUCUAUUGGAGAAAUGCGCAUCCACUGCACUUAGUUCAAAGCUGGUGGCUACUCAUAAGAAAUUUUUCUCUAAAUUGGUCGUUGAUGCUGUCAGCUCGUUGGAUUCGUAUCUUCCUUUGAAAAUGAUCGGAAUUAAAAAGGUUUCUGGUGGAGGACUGGAAGAUUCCAUGCUUAUUGAAGGUGUCGCUUUUAAAAAAACAUUCAGUUAUGCUGGUUUUGAAAUGCAACCAAAGUGUUAUAAAUCUCCGAAGAUUGCACUUUUGAAUAUUGAAUUGGAAUUGAAAGCAGAAAGAGAAAAUGCUGAAGUUCGUGUCAAUUCAGUAGAGGAGUAUCAAAAAAUUGUUGAUGCUGAAUGGCAAAUCCUUUAUGAAAAACUGGAUAUUUUGCAUAAAAGUGGAGUGAAAAUAGUCCUGUCUAAAUUGCCUAUUGGAGAUGUCGCUACCCAGUAUUUUGCUGAUCGUGAUAUGUUUUGUGCUGGUCGUGUACCUGAAGAUGAUUUAAAACGCACCCAAAUGGCUUGUGGUGGAAGUGUGCAAACAACUGUUCAUGGUCUUGCAGAUAACGCUCUAGGAACCUGUGACGUCUUUGAAGAAAUUCAGAUUGGAUCAGAAAGAUUCAAUAUAUUCAAGGGUUGCCCUCAGGCUCGUACUUGCACAAUAAUUCUUCGUGGAGGAGCUGAACAAUUUAUGGAAGAGACUGAACGAUCAUUGCAUGAUGCUAUUAUGGUUGUUCGAAGGGCUGUCAAAAAUGAUGCUUUUGUUGCCGGUGGUGGAGCUACUGAAAUGGAACUAAGCGGAUAUCUUCGUAAUGAAGCUCUCAAAAAUGGAGGACGUGAACAACUAUUGAUAAGUGCAAUGGCUAGGGCAUUCGAAGUUAUCCCUCGUCAGUUGUGUGACAAUGCAGGAUUGGAUUCAACUAUUAUUUUGAACCAGUUACGUCAUAGUCAUGCAAAAGGUGAAACAUGGGCAGGUGUGAACAUUGAAAAGGAAUGUGUGUGCGAUAAUUUCGACAAUGGUGUUUGGGAACCAGCUCUUGUGAAGAGUAAUUGCAUUAUUUCGGCUACUGAAGCAGCAUGUCUUCUGUUGAGUGUUGACGAAACUAUCAAGAAUCCUGAGUCCAAGAAUCAAGAUGAUCAAACACCUGUUCGACCUCGUGGGAUGGGUCAUUAAUUGUUAAUUAAUAGUUAAUAAUAAAAAAAAUCAAGUUUUCAUAAAUCUUUAUCCGCUUUGUG